AUGGAGGAUCCUUCUCAACAUUCCACUGAUUUAGUUAUAAGUAAUGGAAACGAAAUUACUGAGGUGAAGCAAUAUGAGUCCAGUGAACAAACAGCUGAAUCGCGGAGCCUUAAGAAUGAUGGACCUGUGAAUGCGGAAGCGAGCACAAGGGGAGACCAAACCAGUGAGGUGAAGCAAGGUGAUUCAGGUGAACAAACUGCAGAAUUGCGAAGCCGCAAGAAUGAUGAACCUGUUAAUGCAGAAGUGAACGAAACGAGUGAGGAGAAUGAGGAUCAUAUUCGGUACCAGUCAUUAUACAAGGCUGUACAAGAGAAUGAUUGGAAGAGAGUUGAAGAUUUCGUAACCAAAGAUCACCAGGUGUUGACCGCUAAGAUUAAAGUAUAUCGUGAAGAAACAGUUAUUCACAUAAUUACUCUUAAUUUAGACGCCCCCUUUUCACUUCUGGAGAAUAUAGCAUCAAAGGUUGGUCCACAAGCACUAGAAAAUUUGAAAAAUGAAUCGGGCCGGACGCCUAUAUUCCAGGCUGCUACAUAUGGCAAUACAAAAGCUGCAAAAGCCUUUGUGCUUAAGCACAAAGAAUUGCCAAACGUAAAAGACAGCGAGGGUUUACUUCCAAUUCACCAAGCUGCAAUUCGUGGCCACAAGGAAACAAUUCAAUAUUUACUCUCAGUGACAAAAGUGCCCUUAGAUGACACGAACGGUGUCGGGCUGCUUACGAAUCUCAUCAAUUCUGGUCUCUAUGGAAUAGCUUUAGAUUUAUUGAAGCGAUAUCCAAGGUUAGCACGUGAGAGAAACCAGGACAGAGAACGGAUAUUGAACAUACUGGCUAAUAAGCCUUUGGCGUUUGAAAGUGGGAGUCGGCUUGGAUAUUGGAAACGCUUAAUCUAUAAAUUGAUUCUGGUGCAAGAAGAACAAAAUCCUCGCCCUAAAAAUGUGGAUGGAGACAUGGAGAAUCCUGUUGGUGAUAGAUCAAGCAAGUCAGUAACAAGAUUCACAAAUCUGGAAUUUCUUCAACAAAUCUCUUUUGCUUUCGGUGCUUUCCACAAAAAAUUACAUAUAAUUCUCUGGAAAACUCUCAUGCUGAUAGUCCCAGGCAUCAAAAGCAUAAGUGAAACAAAGUUAAUGCAUAUGCAAACACUUAAAAUAGUGAGAACCAUGUGUCAUGAGGGAGUGAUUUGGAGUAACAAAGAAGCUAAGAAGUCACUGCGGGGACCGAUGCUUACAGCCGCAACAUUAGGGAUUUACGAGCUUGUCAAUGAAAUCAUGAAGGCCUAUUUCUAUUCUUUUACUUUCCUUAACGAUGACGAUCAUCAUCAUGAUGUAUUUCGUCUUGCAAUUCUUCAUCGCCAUGAAAAUGUAUUUUGUCUCGUAAAUAAAAGAAAUGUUUUACUUUCGUGGCACCGGGACAUGAAGCAAGUGGCCAACAUGAGUAUAAAAAUUAACAACAUUUUGCAUUUGGCUGGAAAGUUUAUACCUUCUAGUCAAAUCCCAGGUGCUGCAUUGCAAAUGCAGAGAGAACUACAGUGGUUCAAGGCUGUGGAAAGUUGUGUCCAUCCAUCCCUUCAAGAACAGCGAAAUGAGUCCAAUGAAACUCCUAGACAGGUGUUUACCAAAGAACAUGAAAGACUAGUCGAAAAAGGUGAAAAAUGGAUGAAGGAGACUGCUUCAUCAUGCACACUUGUAGCUGCACUUAUAAUCACAGUAGUCUUUGCAGCAGCUUUCACUGUACCAGGCGGCAAUGACAUUGAAGGUAUACCCACUUUCUUGCACAAACCAUCUUUUAUUGUCUUUGUCAUAUCAGAUGCCCUUGCACUCUUUUCUUCCACUGCUUCAUUGCUAAUGUUCUUGGGCAUCCUCACUUCACGUUAUGCUGAAGAAGACUUCCUCGACUCCCUACCAAAGAAAUUAAUUAUUGGUCUUAUCGCGUUGUUCUUCUCAAUUGCAAGUAUGAUGGUAGCAUUUGGUGCAACCAUUUACAUAUUUCUUUCUCAUCCAUGGAAAUGGGUUAUCAUUCCAAUUUCCUUACUUGGAUGUGUCCCAGUGUCCUUGUUUGGUUUGCUGCAAUUUCCUCUUUUGGUUGAAAUAUUCUCAUCCACUUAUGGCCUAGUAUUUUUCAAGCAAGGUAGUAAGGAUGUAAUAAUUAUCCAGGGGAGUUGUACAAUUUAUUUAUUUAGUUAAUUAGGUCAUUUUUUUUUUAU